AUUGUGUUAAUAUUUGCAGAUCGAGAAGAGAAACCCAAAAUAAAAAACAUAAGAGUGGGUCUCCGUUACAGAAGAAGAGGGCUAAUACUAACAGCCAAGUGGUGUGGUGAGAGAGGGUUUCUCACAGUGCCAAGCAUGGAUGCGAUACGCAAGCAACUCGAUGUGUUGAUGGGAGCAAACCGUAACGGUGAUGUCCGUGAAGUUAAUCGCAAGUAUUACGAUCGCGAUGUGUGUCGCCUCUACCUCGUUGGUCUUUGCCCUCACGAACUCUUUCAGUUAACGAAAAUGGAUAUGGGACCUUGCCCUAAGGUUCACUCCUUGCAGCUCAGGAAAGAAUAUGAGGAAGCGAAAGCGAAAGGGAUGGAUAAUUAUGACAGGGAGUUAGAGGAUGUUAUAGAUAAGCUUAUUGGCGAGUGUGAUAGGAAAAUUGGUAGAGCGCUCAAGCGCCUUGAGGAUGAGGAUGCCAAAGCUGCAAUUGCGAUUUCUGUCUCUGAAGUUACUCAGACACCUGAGGUGCUUGAGUUGUCUAAAGAAAUCAAAGAGAAGUUGAAAGAAGCUGAUCAAUAUGAUCUCGAAGGCAAGACAGAUCUGAAGAUUCGAGCUUUAGAGGUUGUAGAGGAACUUAGGACUAAAAGGGCAGACAAGCAGUCUAUGCUUCUUUUAGAUGCUUUUAACAAAGAUAGGGCAUCAUUACCUCAACCUCUACCAAAUCCGCCGCCUUUGGCUCCCAUUCCUGUAGUUGCUCCAGAUCCUCGAACACAGGAGAUGAUAAAUGAAAAGCUGAAGAAGGCCGAGGAUCUUGGUGAGCAAGGAAUGGUUGAUGAAGCUCAAAAAGCGUUGGAAGAGGCUGAAGCACUUAAGAAGCUUCCUGCAAGGCAGGAGCCAGUGUUGGAUUCUUCAAAGUAUACGGCUGCAGAUGUGCGGAUUACUGAUCAAAAGCUACGUGUGUGCGACAUUUGUGGAGCAUUUUUGAGUGUUUAUGACAGUGAUCGCCGUUUAGCUGAUCAUUUUGGAGGGAAACUUCAUUUAGGGUAUAUGCAGAUUCGCGAGAAGUUGGCAGAACUUCAAGAAGAAAGGAACAAGAGCCGAAAGACUGAUCGACAUGAUGACAGGAGAUCAAAAGAACGGAGCAAGGAUCGAGACAGGGAAUCAAGUAGGGACCGGGAACGUGGUGAUAGCCGUGAACGAGGGCGAGACUAUGAUCGUAGGAGUAGAGAUCGUGAUAGAUACCAUGAUAGAGAUCGCAGAUAUGAUCUAGACCGUGAUAGAGACACAGACCGCUCCCGGUCAUAUGAGUCAAGAAGUCGUCGGAGGUCGCGCUCACGAUCUCGUGAACGUUCAAGAGAUUAUGAUCGACAUAGGCGUCAUGAUCGGUACUAGCAAUUGCCAUGAGUCUUGUGGAUUAAAAAAUGCCUAGUCUAGGUGGGUGUUGAACCUCGUGUUGGACAAAUAAUUUUGCAAUUUCAUCUGUGUUGAGCUGUUUCUCCAACGAUGGCUGUAACUUGAGCUUAGGUGUAGUAUUAUGGUUUGAUGUUGCUUUGCAGAUAUUAUAUGCAAUUUGUAAUCUGCUUACUUUGGAGCGGUUCCUGCAAUUGUGCUUAAAAUUAGUUUCAUUUGGAUUACCAUUUAGUCCUCUUGUGCAUUAAAAAUUGUUCACACUACUGUCACAUGCGUGUUUUAAGUAACUAUGGAAUUGAUUUAACCUGUGACGUGAUAAUGUAAGUUGUUCUUUU